AUGAAGAGCAGGCUGUCUCUGGCUGCGGCUGCCCUCCUGGCACUGCUGCUGUUCUCCUCUCAGGCCCAGAGUCAAGGUAAAGCUGCUCCUCCUCUUCCUCUUCCUCCUGCCUGUGAUCCCUCAUAUCUGUCUCUUUCUCCUCUUACCUCUGCGUUCUCUCUGCCUCUAAUAUGAAGCUUAAAUAUUUAGCCUCAAAUAAAACAUCUUACAGAGAGAGUCAGUGUGUCUGUGAGUUGUUUUGUUUUAACUGAUUUGCCUUUUCAGCCUCUGUUUGACCUUUUUUUCAUCCAAAUAAUUCCAGUUUCUUUCAGGUAUUUGCAAGAUGUCCUGUAGAGAAGAAAAACAGUCUCAGCUUCAAAUAUCUGAUUUGAAUUUGUUGAUAGGACGUUUUUCUUCCAACCAGAAGCAGCUGUGACGUGGUGAAAACUGUGGGUGUAGCUAGUUAAGAGAAAAAAUAGCUUAGACUUGUGAAGAACCGAAAAAAUCUGGCCUCAAAUUGAUGAAAAUACAACAACUAUAAAGAAAAUUAAGUUCUUUUAUAUGAAAAAUCGACUUAUUUUGGCCCUUUGCCAAAAAACGACUUAAACAAUCCAACAAUUUGGUGCCUUAAAUGAGUCAUAAAUUUAUGUCUGUCUAACUUUAAAGACAAAGAAAACUGCCCAAAAAAAUCUGUCUUGUGGAAAAGAAGAAAAGAAAAUGAUGGAUCAAUAUCAAUCAUUAGCUGCUUUCCAUGUGAGGCUGUAAUCUUCAUUGUAUAAUCUGCACUUGGGAAUUUCAUAAUCCGCUUUGUGUGACUUUGGUUUUUAGUAAAUUCAACAUCCUGAGUUGGAUUGAGGCAGUGUUGUUUUUGUUGACGUUGACAAAAAUAUUUCCUUCAUACAAAACAUGCAGUCAUUGGAUGAAUUUUGUGGGAAUGAUCUGUGCUUGUAUGUAUCUAUAGUUUUGUGUCUGUGCAAGGUCACACAAUUAAAAAAUAACUGCUGCGCCCCACGGCUUUUCUUCUAGUCAGUGACGCAAGCCUGAGGGCGGGGACAUUUGACGACUCAACCAGGAAGUCCCAAUUCACAAAAGCCAGACCAUCUCACCCAGGGUACUCAAGUCCACAGAACAGCAGUGCGCUCAGCUAAGCGUGCUUGAGCGCGCUCAGUUGUAUGCAGUCUCUGAAUUGAGAGACAGCCAUAGUAUGGUACCAAAGGAAACGCUCCCCAACAAUACAGUGUGAUAUGACCAAUGCCCACAAUAAUGUAUUCUAUAUGAGAGAAAAUAUGUAACAUUAUUCAAGAUACACUUAACUUUUCACUAAUGUGAUUCUAGAAAAACAAACAUCAAUCAAAACUGUCGUUGGGUUACGCAGCACACUGGUGAUCUCACCCCCACAGUCACAAAGUCAGAGCCAGAUAUUUAUUUGAUGAGACUCGUGCUCAGAGACACCAGCUCCAGCAGUCGUCUGCAGAGUAUUAGAUGCCUUUUAAAGCUGCCCGUGUUUCUAACAUCUGUUUUUACUAAUGAAUGUUGGAGGGAAAUGAGCAUACUGUUUACCGACGGGGAAAAAUUCAAACAGACUGCAGCCAGGCAUCCAAAUCAAGUGUCUGUGUCUCUGCGGUCUGCUACAAAAGAACAGAAAAUACAACUUAUUGUCUCUUAACAUGUUUUCAAUUGCAUACACACAGGUACACAGAUUUUUAUCACACUCGGCACUGGCCCGUUUGUGUUGUCCUAGAAAAUAGGAAGAGUAGAUUUUCGUCCCUACAGGUACCCAUGAGUAGGAAUGUGCAGUAACUUUGUGGGAUAGCGGGCCGUGUAUAUCGCAGAGGCAGACCUGCUGCCUUGAAGAAGACCACCGGGCUAACUCUCUGCUGGACAUUAAAACCAAACGACUCACAGUGCUGGAAGACACAGAGAGAAAAAAGGCCCUGAAGAGACUGCAUUUCAUCCAGAAAUGACAGCUGUUACACAAUGUGUUAGGAGUGUGAAUUAUUUGUGUUACAUAAUACCAGAGGUGGGGGCUUGACAACUGGACUUGAGACUCGACUUGGACUUAAGUCUCGUUUUUGACUUGCUUGAUGAAAUCAAGAAAUGACUUGGACUUGCUUGGGACUUUAUUGCUAAAGACUUGAGACUUGACUUGAGCCCAGUGACUUUAAAAGUCAAGUCAAGUCUUUUCAAGUCACUUAAUACCUUACAGCAAGCCCAAACCGUUUAAAAAGUGUUGCAUCAACUAAUAGUCAGGAAUUACGGCCGUUGGUAACACCGUGUUGUGUUGCCAAAAAAAUUCGCUUGUUUUUGGCUUGUUUCUGGAGGUCUGUUUCCUUAUUUCUCUCAGGAAACUUGGCAACACUGUCUCAAACUCUAGCCUCCCUCAUAACGACAACAUCGGGAGGACUGAACAUAAAUCACUCGCUAGUAUUGCCCGCCUGUUUCCACGUGUUGCCUUGUGUCUCUCUUUUGUUUUGUUUUGGAACAGUGAAUUAGAGUAUCAGUUUAAUGUUUAAUUGUAUUUGGGUCUUCCUAAUUUUUGUGCACAUUGUCUAAGUUUCCAAUUAUUGAAGUUUACCUGAUUAUUUUUUGUAUGACAUGUAAAAUAGUUUGGUUAAAGCUGCACUAUGUAACUUAACACAAACAAGAACCCUUGUUUAAUAAUAAAUGCAAAUAGUGAAAAAUGCUCAUGAUUUAUGUAAAUCUUUACGUAUAAAAAAUGGUUUAUGGCUUUGAUAUGACUUGUUUUUGUCUUGAAAGAAACAGUAAGGACUUGGUAAGGACUCGAAACAAAAAGUUCAGGACAUGGACUUGACUCGAGACUUGUCUGUGUUGACUUGGACUUAACUCGAGACUUGAGAGCAAAGGACUUGGACUUGCCUCGGACUUGAGAGCAAAGACUUGAGACUCGACUUGGACUUGAACAUAAGGACUUUCCCCCACCUCUGUAAUACUGUGUAAAACAUUCCGCUGUAAAAACAUCUUCAGUUAUGAUUGUGAGAUUUUUUUGAUGUACUCUUUCUUCUCCUUUCUUCUCUGAUGUAUCCACUACAUUUCUUCUUACUUUUUCCACCCUUCUCCACAAACAUUUGUCUCAUAUUACUCAUAUAAAACUUCACAGAUACUCAGAAUGGCGUUCAGUGGUGUGUCUCUCUCCUUACCUCCUUGUUCUCUUCCUGCAGACACUCAGUGUAAGACUUCAGCUAAGGCCGACAUCGUGCUGCUGGUCGAUGGCUCCUGGAGUAUCGGCCGUCUCAACUUCAAGACCGUCCGCAGCUUCCUAAUUCGCAUGGUCAGUGUGUUCGACAUCGGCCCUGACAGAGUCCAGAUAGGUACUUUACUGCUCAAACUACACAGUUGGAUAUGAGAAAAACCUGUGCAGUCUUUGUGCUGCUGUGUGAAUGGAUAUAUCAAUAGAAAUGUGUAUUUAAAGUGACUCUAGCAGGUUAAGUAUUUGACUACAUUUACACAUAACUUUGUCUGAAAAUAGCUGAUGAGAAAGUAAACUAUUGUUUUACAUGUUUUACAAAAAAUAAGGGUGCAAAUGUAGAGAAAAAAGUAGCUAUUUUCAUUGAAAACGUUUUUUUUUUAACAUUUCAUCCAAUUGUGACACACGAGAGACUCAUACUCUCUUACUCUGUGCUCAAUGUACAGUAGAUGAAGGCUAAGACUCCUUUCUAACACAAACACCCAUGAAACACAGUAAAUACAGGAUUACUAUUAUUUUUUUUUUUGACUCUUAUUGUGUGCUUUCCUCAGGUCUGACUCAGUACAGUGGAGACCCCAAGACUGAGUGGCACCUGAAUGCCCACCCGACCAUGGCGUCCCUGCUGGCCGCUAUCACUAAUCUGCCAUACAAAGGAGGCAACACCAUGACGGGUGAUUGUAGAGCACUUUGUUUGAUGCGCAGUUGAAAUGAUAUGUGUUUUUAAAUAAAAUGCAAUAGCGCAAUAAAAGUGAGUCAUGUUUGGUGUUUGUUUGUAGCCUCUGAUAAGUCAGGUUUAAGUUAGAGUUAUACAAAAUAAAUAAAUGAAUAAAUAAAAAAACUGGAAGGAUUUGCAGUCUGAAUGCUGUUACAAACUGACCUCCUCUCAUCCAGGUUUGGCCCUGAGGUACAUCCUGCAGAACAACUUCAAACCAGAAGUAGGACUGAGAGAAGACGCCCGCAAAAUUGGUGUCCUGCUCACUGACGGAAAGUCCCAGGAUGACGUCAUCUUGCCGUCUCAGAGCCUAAGGGACGCUGGCAUUGAGCUGUAUACCAUUGGUGAGCGACUUUGCUUGUUUUAUCGUCAAACCAGCAGUCCAGGUCUUUUUUUGUUAAAACCCAAUGACAUGAAAACUGUCACAUUAUUCUAAUAAUGAAGGAACAUGAUACUGAAUUUCAAAAGUGAAAGGCUUGAAAAUAAGUUAAGCCAUCCGUGAUUGAUGUUGGGCUUUUGGAAAGGGUAAACAAUGUAAUGAAUUUACUUUUGUCCAAAAUAUACAGGAUUUGAUAAAUGCAUGUAUAUUGUAAAUCAUUCAAGCCUUGAAAAGUGUGAUUUGAAAGGUAGAUCCUUACUAACUAGAUAUCAACGGUAUAGAUUUCUUUACUGAUGGUAUUUUUUGCUCUCAGGUGUGCAGAAUGCUGAUGAGAGUGAGUUGAGGGCUAUCGCCACAGACCCCGAUGAAAUUCACAUGUACAACAUCAAGGACUUCAACUACCUGCUGGACAUUGUUGAUGGCCUCACUGACAACCUGUGUAACAGCAUCAAAGGUCCAGGUAAGAGGGGAAGCUCAUGUCCGAUCAUCACAAAUUUACAUCUGACUGAGAAGAACAGAAAUUAUAACUUAUUGGAUAAAAAGCUUUUCUUGUCCCAGUUGACUUCCCGAUGGCGUGAAGAGCAGUAGCCUACAGUAUAUAGUAUAAUGUACAUAUCUACAGUAUAUAUAGAGAGAUUUUUUAUAACUUCAUAAAAAUUUUUAAAAAUCAGCCAAUUAAUCGGUAUCAGAUUUUUAAAAGGUAUCGGCAUCGGCCCUAAAAAAAUCCAUAUCUGUCGGGCCCUAGUUUGGAUAAAUUGUUUCAUAUUUCUUUUCCAAAUUGAUCUCUGUUGCUGCUUCAUUCAGCUGUAAUUCCAUCUUUUUCUUUGAAUACAGCUGAGUCAGAUUGACAUCUCUUCUGUAGCCAUCGUGUUGGAGGUCAGAUUAAAACUGAAGUCUAGCUGUUCUGGAAUUUCUUAAACCUUUCCAAGAAUUUGAGACUGACAAGCAUAUAUUUAAAAACUUUACUGCAGCCUCUCAGUUGGUUUUUACAGGUGCUUGAGGGCCUGAAAGUUGCUCUCCCAUGAAGAUGAGAAAACCUUAAGUUCAAGUAAGGACAUCAGUGAAAUGACACUUCCUCUGAACAGCUGCUUUUUGAAAGAUAACGCUUUAAAUGAUUGACAAGGAGAAAAUACAAAUUAUGCCUUUGCAAUCCUUAAUCUAAAAGCAAAGAAGUCAAAUUUUAACAAAUCAAUUCUGCUCUUGCAAAAAAAAUGUAACCCAAUAAAUUUGACUGGCUCCAGCCUGAAAAUCUGUAUAAUUUCUGACCAUCAGGGAGGUUUUAGCACAGGUCGGGGCAUCUGAUGGAAACUUUGACUUUGGAAUUGUUUUGCCUGUAAAUCAGCUUUAAGAGGAAAUACAAAACUGAUCAACAGCACACAGGAGAAAAACAUGACAAGGGCAGAUUUGUGGCGGCAGGGUUCAGGGUGUGAAAUACUGAACAUGUCAGAUUUCAUUCUCGCUCGUGUUUUUUUCUUUCCAGGAGGAGAAGAAGUGAAGGCACCAACCAACCUAGUGACCUCAGAGGUGACCCAUCGCUCCUUCCGCGCCACCUGGACAGCACCCAGCGGCCAUGUUGAUAAGUAUCGAGUCACAUAUGUGGAUGUGACCGGAGGACUUACUCAGGAGGUGAGCUCCAGCCUCUAUUAACCCAACUCAUCCUCUGUUUGAGCCAUCAGCAGCAGAACUCACAAUCUGAACCACUGACUUUUUAUUAAAAAAAUGGACGACAUGUCUCUGCCCAUUCAACUGGCUCUGACAUCUUAUGGUAUGGUAUGGUAUGGUAUGGUCUUUAUUGUCAUUGCACUUGUGCACAACGAAAUUACAUUACAGAUGCGGAAAGUACACACAAGAGGGACGGAGAGGAGGAGGUAAAAAAAAAGAGACUGCUCUCAUUAAAAAAACCUUCAGCAACAUGAGCACAUUACUGACACCACAUACACAGAGAUUCAUAGACAUGCUAUGGUUGUUGGGGGGGUGGGGGGUCGGAAUGGGUCAUCAGUGAUGGUGGGAAGCCCAUAGCCGCUGCCAUAGGCGCAGCCAGUCAGGGUUCAUGGAUGCUUGUGUGCGUAGGCCCAGGAGGUCACUCUAUCCAUCGCCAAAAUCUUGGUGACCUUGAUUGAGUUCCAGACGAAGUCAACAAUCCGCAGGUGUCCGUGA